AUGCUUUCUCGGGCGUUUGCUGGGCUUCUCGCCCUAUCAGCGCUUCCCAUCGCCUCAGCCUCGGCCAUUCCGCACGGGCAAGCCAUUCUGAACACGGAUGAGAUCACUAGCUCUCCGUUGCUACAGGAGUCGGAAGCAACCGACGCAAAUACCCUCAUCCGGCCGACCUGGUUCGAGUCUGCUCUUCUGGCCCGUCGCAUGCUGGCCCUCUCGCCUUCGGGGGUGGUAUCGACCAUCUUCCCCGACCCGAUUCCACCUUCCUCACGUACACCUGCCUCGGUCGCAGGCCUCCCUAUCGGACUACGCGAGUAUAUUGCCGACUGUGACACCUCCCUCCCCGAGGAUCUCUCGCACGGAGAUAACGGGGAUCCCACCAUCCUCGCUCUGCGCGUCGCAACCACUUUCAAGAACAUUGGCGCCGGGUCGAACCUCUCCCUCGAGCUGGACUGGUGGGACCACGUUGAUAAGGCCAUCCCCGUCUAUCCCGGACUUCCCUGGAGCCCUGCAGCGCUGCCUCGCAUUACGCUCUUUGGGUAUCUCGACCCCUUGCCCCAACUCUCGAAUCAAAAGGCCGCCGCGCUCGAAAAGUGUUUCCUGCGGUCGCAUCCGGAUGCGAAGGUGUGGCUGCCCGGUGCACCUGGUUCACCGCACGCGAGCUUCUGGGCUCGUCUGAUUGUCACACAGGUAUACUGGAUCGGUGGAUUUGGUGAUGUGCAACAAAUCGGAUGGAUGAACGUGACGGAGUGGAAGGGGAUCGGGCGGUGGGAGAGUGCAGCUGGCGUGGGAGACGGACGAGGAUGGGAGGACGUGCGACUGCCGGGAGAGAAGAGUGAAGAUAGCAUCUGA